CCAAUGGGACUAGCGGGAGUGACGUGGAUCAAUAAUGGCUGAAGAUCCCGGUGGAUCUGAGCAGCUUUCUUUUCCCGUCUUCUCCCUGCUCCGCGGUCUGCAGUCAUGACCCGGACCGGUUUCCCUUUAGACAGAGCCCGUGCGAACCUAGUCCCGGAUCAGCCGCAGCCGACAUGCCCAGAAAGGGGAACAGGAAACGGCUGAAGUACCGGGCCGACGACCUGAGCUCCCAGAGUGUUACUGUGGCAGACUAUGCCAAUUCCGACCCAGCUGUUGUAAAGUCUGGACGGGUGAAAAAAGCAGUGGCUAAUGCUAUUCAGAAAGAAGUGAAAGCACUUUGUGGUCUGGAGGCCUCGUGUGUCCCCACUGAAGAUGGAGAGACUGUUCUGUCUGAGACUGGACGAUUGUGUGAGAGUAGCGAUGAGGGAUUUGAAAAUAUCAAUGAGUUCUCAUCUUCUAAGAAAAAGAAAACAAAACGGCACAAAGAACAAAUCGCGGUGGAGAGAACAGGCGAUAACUAUCCAAUAGAUAUCUGGCUUGUGCUGGCUUCCUACAUUCGGCCUGAAGAUAUCACUAAGUUUGCUCUUAUUUGUAAGAAUGCUUGGAUCGUUACUUGCACUGCUGCCUUUUGGAUAAGAUUGUACAAAAGACAUUACCGUAUGAACGUGUACCUUCCUGUACGUCUGCUUCCGGAAUUCAUGGAUAGACUACGUUGUUUGCGUGCCUGUGUAAUCCGCUCCUUGUACCACAUGUAUGAGCCCUUUUGUUCUAGAGUGGCUAGAAAUCCUCCAAUCCCUGAAUCUACUCCGAACACCUUGGCAAACGCAAAAUGUUUACUUUUCUGGUAUAGAAAGGUAACUGGCGCCAAGUCAGAAGCAACCUGGGAGUUUAACUUUAAAUUCCAGAAGCAGCCUCCAAAGAAGAAGGACUAUCUUAGUAGGCUGCAACCACCUCUUGAAUACAAAGAUGUCCAUUUUAACCCAGAUCAUGACUGUUGCCUUCUCCAAGUGUCGACUCUAAAUUUUAGUUGCAUACCUGUGGUCAUGGGCAUGACCUUAUCUUAUUUCACAAUUAACGUCAGCACUGACAUGAGGCACCACAGAGUGAGGUUGGUCUUUCAAGACACCCCAGUACGAAACGGAAAGAAGCCUCGUGGUGAUCAAGGAGUGCCGAUUGUCUUGGAUCCUGUGCACAGUGUUAAUCUCCUAGAUUGGUGGCAUCCAAAAUAUCCCUUUUCAGCUAUGGCCUAGCAUCUGUGUAG